AUGGACGGCGAACGCAGUGUCAACGACCUCGGGAAAGCCGCCGUCGUUGACUUCACCGUCGUUGCAGCGGGAGCGUCGGUACCUUUGCACGUGACGUUCGACGAACCACUGGCCACCGUUUUUCAGGAGGGCGUGGGGACGUCCGAACCGGAACUGCGAGACCAGCCUGGAGAACCACCCGCGGCCGCCAUUGACAAACCGUCCAAGGUGGCUUGCGUCAGGUGCCGCAGCCGAAGCACCCUCCGCCGUGGACGUCGCGUCCGGAAAAGAAGCCAUAUGCGUCGCAUCCGAAGUCGUAGCCUGCGCACCCGAAACUACGACUGCGAUCGCCCCUUCGUUGUGCAGAUGUCCGAAGAAGAGGUGGCCGGCGACGACCGACUCGGUGGGGACCGCAAGUCCAAGGAAUGUCUGCCGCCGAGGACCACCGGCCACUCACGUCCACGCGACGACGGCCGGCAAGGGGAUUGGCAUUGCGGCCGUGAAAAUUCAUAA